AGCCUCUGGAGGCCGCCGGCUGCGGGCCCUCAGGAGCGCCGGGAUUUGCGGCCUGCGUUCACCGGCUCCACCCGCGCACUACCAGAGGCAACGAGGCGCAGCGAGCAUUUUCUCCCUGCGCCCUGGGCUUGUGUGGCCAUGGAGAACCAGGUGCUGACGCCGCACGUCUAUUGGGCUCAGCGACACCGCGAGCUGUAUCUGCGCGUGGAGCUGAGUGACGUGCAGAAUCCUGCCAUCAGCAUCACUGAAAAUGUACUGCAUUUCAAAGCUCAAGGCCAUGGUGCCAAAGGAGACAAUGUCUAUGAAUUUCAUUUGGAGUUCUUGGACCUUGUGAAGCCAGAGCCAGUUUACAAACUGACCCAGAGGCAGGUAAACAUUACUGUACAGAAGAAGGUGAACCAGUGGUGGGAAAGACUUACCAAGCAGGAGAAGCGCCCACUGUUUUUGGCCCCUGACUUUGAUCGCUGGCUGGACGAGUCUGAUGCGGAAAUGGAGCUCAGAGCCAAGGAAGAAGAACGCCUAAAUAAACUCAGAAUUGAAAGCCAAGGCUCCCCUGAAACUCUUAUAAGCUUAAAGAAAGGAUACCUUUUCAUGUAUAACCUUGUGCAAUUCUUGGGAUUCUCCUGGAUGUUUGUCAACAUGACUGUGCGGUUCUUUAUCUUGGGAAAAGAGUCCUUUUAUGACACAUUUCACACCAUGGCUGACAUGAUGUAUUUUUGCCAGAUGCUGGCAGUUGUGGAAACUAUCAAUGCAGCAAUUGGAGUCACUAAGUCACCAGUGAUACCUUCUGUUCUCCAGCUUUUUGGAAGAAAUUUCAUUUUGUUUAUCAUCUUUGGCACCAUGGAAGAAAUGCAAAACAAAGCUGUGGUUUUCUUUGUGUUUUAUAUUUGGAGCACAAUUGAAAUUUUCAGGUACCCCUUCUACAUGCUUUCCUGCAUUGACAUGGAUUGGAAAGUGCUCACAUGGCUUCGCUACACUGUGUGGAUUCCUUUAUAUCCUCUGGGAUGUUUGGCAGAAGCUGUCUCCGUGAUCCAGUCCAUUCCCGUGUUCAACGAAACAGGCAGAUUCAGCUUCACAUUGCCGUAUCCGGUGAAAAUCAAAGUUAGAUUCUCCUUUUUUCUUCAGGUUUAUCUUAUAAUAUUAUUUUUAGGGUUAUACAUAAAUUUCCGUCACUUGUAUAAACAGCGCAGGCGGCGCUAUGGACAAAGAAAGAAAAAGACCCACUGAAAAGAGAUUUAGUAGGACAGUAAACAGAAUGCUGGCUGGAGAACCACCACCACCGCUGGUGCUUUAACCAAAAUUCCUGGCAGGAAACCCACCAACAGAGGAACUGAAAAAGAAAAUCUAGGCAUUAUGAAGUUUGGCCAUUGUCAAAAACAUCAGUUUCUUCUACUACAUUCCAAGUAAAAUGUGUUAGAAGUAAUGCUUCUAUAAAAGAAUUUAAGGCAUGAUGUGCUUUUUGUUUUGCCAUUCCCAUUGUUCUGGGGAAAAGGGUACUAAAUGAGUUACGUUGUUUCUGAGCCCAAGGUGGAAACUUAGUUUGAUGUAAAAACAUGAUUAGCAUAGGCUGGUGGAUUGUUUUCACAGGUUCAUUGCACUGAAAGGACAGUUUGCAUGUCUGUAAUUUCCAUCAAUACUUGUUUGUAUUAACUUCUGAUGUUCUUUCACCUGUGUGUGUGUGAUUGGGAAGACCAUUGCAGUAGAUUGUGCUGCAUCUGUGGCAGACUCUUACAUUCUUACAAGCCCUUUUGUUGCUGUCUGAGAAAGCAGAAGAUUGUGUAUUUCUAUUAAACAUUU